AAACAAUCGACCGAAGAAGUCACGUUUUAUAAAAUUUUAAGGUCUUAAUUUUUAAGUGAAAUUAAUUAAUAAAUCAAAUUUGCACCAGUGGAAAGUGCUUGAAAUCAAAGAAAGCGAUCAAGAAUAUUCAUUAAACUAUAAAUUUAGAAUAAUCAUCAAUCUGGCUCUACGUAAUGAUUGCAAAGCGUCCUAUUUAUUAUACAAUUGUUCCCAGUUUAGUCAUCCUCAUCGGCUACAUUUGGUAUCGCCGCAAAAGAAACGAUCGCGAGAAUUGUGACAAAGGAAGUGAUAGCGUUGAGCAACAGAAUAUUAAAAAUAAAAAUUGUAAAUUAUUAGAUGAAGCAAAAUUAGGUGAUAGACAAGAUUUAAUUAGUUGCAACGGUAGUCAUCCAUACUCAUCAGUAAAUCAGUUGAUUCAUCAACAAAGUUUGCCAGUCACCGUAAUUGGAACGCCCCAACAGAUUCAAAAGAAAAAGUUGGGAUUAACAUCAACACCGGAAAAGGUAGAAGGAAACUCACGUGAGGUCAAUAGACAACAAAGCCAAAGUCCCGGAAGUGCCGGUUCAUCAUCAUCAUCAUUGUCAAGCCGAUCGGCACCGAUCGAUAUAGCACCAAAUCCGCGUUCACCUCCAAAGCGCAUUACAGAGCAAGAAAUUGACUGUGAAAUAUUAAAAUUAAAACCACAAGAGUCUGAUAUUAAAAAUUUGCGCUACAUUGAAGACCCAGAUUCUUUAGACGAUACGCCUCUAUCUGUUGAUUCGCCACCUUAUCGUUCACGUUUCGAAAUUAAUCGUACUCAACAACCUGUUGUGGAGCCAAUUGUCAUUAAAGGAACAAUGGAAGCUAAAAUAUCGCCAGAAAAUUCAUUUCGCGAACGAAAAUAUACACAGACAGAAAGUGAUGAUUCGGGUCGCUUAAAUGAGUCUGAAUCCGAUAAGAUUAAUAAAGAAGAGGAAAAUAAAAUGGUAAAAGUACAUGUAAAUGAUGCGAAAUCAAAUAAUAGCAAUGAUAAUGGUUGUAUAAUGCUAGACGAUGACGUAGAAAUUACAGAAGCAAAUAAGAAUUCAGAUAUAGCAGUAAUUAGUAACAAGAGUUCAACGCCAGCAACACAGCCACAAAUCGCAAGUCCAUCAUUGUCAAUUUGCAGUAUGCAUUCAGGAGAUUCUGGACAGGGCUCAAGUCCACCACAAUCUAUUGGAGCGCCAACAAUAACUUACGAAUUCCUUGUAGCAAAUUCAUGUGUCGGAUUUAUAAUUGGUAAUCGUGGUAAAUCUGUUGCAAGAAUAAAGGAGAAGACAGGUGCUAGUGUGAUUAUUCGUAAAGGAUUUUAUGGUACAAAACGACAAAAGGUUUGCUCAGUUGAAGGCACUCAAUCAGAGAUCGAUGCUGCAUUAAAAAUGAUACGAACAUUGGUGCCAGAUAAAAGAAAUUUUAGUAUGAAUAUGGAGAGAAUUUUCAUAACACCUGAUAAUAAGCUGGUGCCGACAUUUAAUAUUUCAUCAUUACAGUUACAAUUAAUAGAAGGAUUUAAUAAUGAUGUAUCUGUUAGUGCUAUAGUGUCUGGUGGACAUAUUUUUGUUCAACAGCCAUUACAUCCAACAUAUCCAUCGUUGGCACCACUUCAACAUCGAAUGAAUCACUGGUAUUCCAUGACAGCUGCUCCAGAAUUGCCAGAAGUUAUUGACAAUGCCAUUUGUGCAUAUUUUAUACAAGAAAACUGGUAUCGUGUUCAAAUCGUCUCUCAUAAUCCCGAAACAAAGGUGUGUGUAAUUAAAUAUUUGGACUUUGGCGGCUAUACAAAUGUCAAUGCAUCAGAACUCCGUCAAAUUCAUGCUGACUUUAUGACACUACCUUUCCAAGCCAUCGAAUGUAUUCUUAGUAACAUUCGUCCUCCAAAUAAUAGUAUUGAAUGGUCAAAAGAAUCAAUCGAUACUAUCACUAGCUUCACAAGUGGCGUCAUCUUACAAGCACAGGUUGCUGGCUACACUCAAGAUGAUGUCCCUGAAGUUCUUCUAUUUGUUUCUAUUUCCAAGGAUAAUGUAUUGUUUAUAAAUCAAGAAUUAUGUGCUAGAAAACUAGCAGACUGGAUUCCCAAUGAGGAGCAGCAGGUAUAAGAAGAAAUGUGAGUCUUGGCUCAUAUAUUUGCAUAUAUAUAUAAAUACACAAAACAACAAACAUUGAAUUAGUAGACUCAUAAUAAGUUAUGGAAAAAAAAAACUUCAAAAACUUUUGAACUGGAAUCAAACAAAGAUUUCCUUAAGUGAUCUUUUAAGUUAAUUAUCCUCCUCUUUUUAAUUAAUUGAAAAUCAUGUAAAAUGAAGAAAAAUACCUAGAACUGAUUUAAUUUUUAUGAAUUUAAUAUGAAUUUUCAAAACUAUACGAUAAUGCUAUUAUAUUUUAUUUUAACUACAUAACUUUAUGUUUGAGAAAAAGAAAGAACUUAUCUAUUAUUACUAUUAUUAUUAUUUUAUAUUAUUUCUGCAUAAAAAUUUUGUUUUUUUUUUAAAUCAUAAAAAGCUAUUAAAGUAGUUAAGGAGGAAUUGUUCAAACACAUGUUUAUUAUUAAAUUAUUUUUUAUUUUACUGAUUAGUAAUUCAUAAUAUAAUUUACAUACUUUCCUUCGUUUUCCCGGUAGUAAGACUUUUAAGACAAGAACAACCAGUAAGAGAAGCGCAUUUUCUUUUGUACACGUUUUGGAAUUAAAAUAACGGCAAAAUUUAGUAGUCAUAAUUAAAAUACAUUUCAUCUAUUUAGAAAAUGCGCUAGUGUUAUGAGAAAAAUCGAUGACAAAUAUGCAACCCUUAGACAGAUUCAAAAUCUCGCUUAGUAAACUAGGUCAUAGAAAAAAGUUAAAAAAAAAUUGAUGAAAGAGUUGGAAAAAAUAAUGUUGGAUGGACUUUUGUAGAUUUUCUUUUCGUUUCUUCCUUAAGCAUCUAUCUAAUUGUAGUGAUUUCAUGGGGAAUGAUAGCCAUUUCUAAUCACUGAUUAAUAAUAAUAAUGAAGACAUGAUACAUACAAGUUUUCAUUAAAAUUAAUUAUAAACACUACAGAAUGAUAUAAAUUGAUGAAAAUAGCAUAAGAAUUAUAAUGAUGAUAAUUGUAAUAAUUUUAAGAUUUUUCAAUUUCACAAAGAUUAAAAACUUUUCUCCA